AAACCAAGAAACCCUGACGUACACGUUCAGAAUGGAGGACAAGCAAAACCAUGAACAAAGUCUUGCAUCCACAGAAAUUCCUGCAGGGGGCGACAAAGAAAGCAAUAAAACAUCUGAAGCAAAGAUUCAAGGAAAAGUUGCCAAGAAGAAAAAACGUGUGAGAAAUAAACAAAGGACAGAAAGGGCUUCUGACCAAAUCAUUACACCGCAUAACACUUAUCAUCCAUCUGACAAAGAAAAACAGUGCUUAAAGCCCCAGCACAUGCCGACUCUAACCUGUGACCAUUCGACCCAGACAGAGACUCUUAAAAACAUGUCCCAGAACCAGGCUACUCAAACUCCUUCACUAGAGCGCAUUCACACACAGCCUACCGAAUCAAAAUCAACCCAGACUAAACCUGCCAAACUCUCAUAUAAACAGUUGUAUGAAGGCCAGACAUCUGUAGAUGAAGGCCAAGACUGUGCUCCUGAUCAGAGCAGAAACCCGGAGAAGCUCACUGUGCUCACCUGGAACAUAGACGGCCUGGAUCCUGAAGAUAUCAGAGAACGGAUCCCAAGCCUGUUGUUUCAUUUAGGAAAGUACCGUGCAGAUGUGGUCCUACUGCAAGAGCUUAUCCCACCUUACCUAAAGAUUUUAAAAGAGAUUAUGACAGAUUAUGAGUUUUUGCCAGGCAGUGAUGAUGGCUAUUUUACUGGAAUACUGCUUAGAAGGUGCAGAAUUGAAUUAGUUCAGAGGAACAUUGUGAAUUAUCCCACUACAGAAAUGGGGAGGAAUCUGUUAAUGGCUGAGGUAAACUUCUUAGGCCAUCAGCUUUGUAUUAUGACCUCUCACUUGGAGAGCUUAAAGGCCAGCUCACAGGAGCGCCUGAACCAGCUGCGCAGGGUCUGGAAGAGGAUGAGAGAGGCACCAGACAGCCAGACAGUCAUAUUUGGAGGAGACACCAACAUGAGAGACUGGGAGGUGAAGAAGUUAGGAGGUCUCCCUGAUGGCAUUACAGAUGUAUGGGAGAUGCUUGGAGAGCCAGAGGAUUGCAAGUACACCUGGGACACUGUCAAUAAUAAUAACAAAGGACUCCCUUUCUCUGCACGACUGCGUUUCGACCGCGUUUACAUGCGAGCGGCUAGAGAGGGCACUCAGCUACGGCCAGACACCAUGACACGUGGGUUGAAGAGACUUGUGACAUGUGGUCGUUUCACCAGUGAUCACUGGGGCAUUCUUUGCACGUUCUCUUUUGUGUCUUCAGUGGAGUAGUACUUAUGAAGUUCCUCUUACAAUUUGACUUUAUUUAACAGCAUAAAAGCUGGAACCUCUUUUGAGGCCUUUUUGGUGUGUAAAUUCAGUAUUUAAUUAAGCAGCCUUUUCUCUUUGGAACUCAUUAGGUAUAAUUCGUCACAAUCCAAGGAUUUGACAUCACAGAAAUUAUCAUGAUGUGGAAAUUGACUCUAUUAUAAUAAUCAUGCUAAACUAUUAUUAUUAUUAUUAUUAUUAUUAUUAUUAUUAUUAUUAUUAUUAUUACAUGUUUUAAUUAUUGCUGGAGUUUUCCACUGGAGGGCCCUCUAUAGCAAUUCCUUUUGGAGCACUCCUGCUUCUCAUCUAUAAGCUGUUGUAUUUACCAGCAUUACCAUUUCUGUUUUUAGUAGUCCACACAAGCCCACAUAAGGGAAUAGAUAAGAGCCAUUAUAAAGCAAAAUAACAGAUCUGAUAAGCAGCAAUAUUAUACUGGUGCUGUACUCAAAAUGUUGAGCUACACUUAGACUGCAGUGAUGUGUACACAGCACUGACACAUUUGAUUCAUUUACUCGAUAUAAUUUUAAUAAAUUGCGUUAUCCUUGGCCAGAAUCAGCAUUACGUUUUUAUUGCCACGCUUUCCAGCAAGGGUUUUUGUUUUCUUUCAGUCACCUUUGCAGGCAACACUGGACAACCUUGUCUAAACAGAUGGAUGGGAAUAAUUCUUUGGUGGGGAGUUAGGAAACAGGGCCCUGUGUUUUCAUUUGGAAAAUUGAUUUGGAGCUCAUCUUCUCUGCUGCUUAAUCCAAACAGAAUUGAAAUAUGCCGGUAAAGUCCACUGGAAAUCAGGAAUGAUGGCAAGCUGUCAGCAAGAAUAAUUAUUUGUCAUUGGAGGUUUGGGGAAAUGGGUUAAAAAAGAGAAAUGUGCUUGUAAAUUCUGUAUCAGAGUAAAGUGGAUGGUCUAUGUCCAUCUCCAGUGGACAGCAGAGCUCACAUGCGAGUAGCUACCUUUCUCUGUUCAACUUUCAUAUUUAAUUAGAUAUAUGAUUACACUCAGUGAAAAUCCAAUGUUAAGGUUGAACCUUCAACCAUGGUUAAACCAUGUUUAAGAAUAAUAAAUGAACAAAAAUAUGACAGGGGCUUUCAAAUUAAACAGAUUUUUCAUGUGUAAUCUGUGGAAUUUAAUAUAUUUAAUGUAUUGUUGGAUGAAACAGGAUAUUAAAGCAUUAUUUAAAUGAAAA